GUGCCGCAGAAUUAGUUGCGUCAACAUAAAUGAGGCAAUGAGUGACGUCUGUGGAGUCACGUGAUGUUUAUGGCUGACACGCCUUUCCUGUGAACAACUUUGGGUGAUAAAAAUUCACCAUCUUGAAACAGCAUUUCAUUCCGGAACUGACCUUUGGGAUAUUUAUCGUUGCCCGGCCUGAUAACGUCAUGGGUGUCUCCUUAUUUAUUUUACCAUUCUUUGUGGGCCUUGCCGUGAUUGCUCAAGCUCAAGACUGUUCCAGACCCACUUUAGGUGACAACAUGACCUUGAAGGACACUGAUAUACUUAAAGACACAUUUCCGGAUGGGAGCGAUGCUGCUCUUGAGUGUUCUGUGGGUUACAUGAGGGCUCUUGGGAGUUUAUCCAUCACUUGUACAGCUGGUGUCUGGAGUAGCGUGACACUGCAAUGCCAGAGGAAGAACUGUGGCCCCGCAGAAGACGUGGCAAAUGGCUAUCUUGAUUAUUCACAGGGGACUCUGUUUGGUGAUACAGUAAACAUUCGUUGCAAACCCGGUUUCAUAUUGGUUGGUGACUCUGGACGCAUUUGUUUAGCGAGUGGGAAGUGGAAAGGCCACCCACCAUCAUGUGAAGUGGUGACCUGCAACCCUCCUCAAGAGUUGGCUCAAGGCUCCUACAGCCCCAUAAAAGAGAGCUAUAAAUAUGAAGAUGUCGUACAGUACACAUGUAUCAAAGACUAUGUCCUCAAUGGAUCCAAAGUAGCAUCGUGCGCCGCUGACCAGCAAUUCAAACCGGAUCCUCCUGUUUGUAUCAAGGUUAACUGUCAAGAUAUCAAGAUUCAAAACGCCGAGUUGCUUUCGGGUGCCCGACCUCCGUAUGGGCAUAAGGCAUCUGUGACGUUUCAAUGCCGUUCUGGAUAUAAGAUGGUUGGAUCUGCCACCCUGACGUGUGACAUCAACAGCCAAUGGUCACCGAAACCACCAACUUGUCAGCGAAUAGAAACUCCAACCACCACAAAACCAAACGACAAAGAGACACCAAAAGUCCCUGGUGGACCAGAUGACAAUAAAAAUAGUGGGAACCAUUUGGGAACGUCUGUGGGUAUUGCUGUUGCAGUCAUCAUUGGACUCGGGCUCCUCAUUAGCGCUGGAUGCUAUUACUUUGGAGGCCUUGCAUUCAUCCGAAAAAAGAACAAAAAUGGCUAUCGGAAAGGCCGCUCCAACGAUGAGGCUACCAAAGAUGGGGAGGGAGUGGUGCUUUCGUGAGCGCAGGAGUCCUGUUGACACAACACUGCUGUAGGUGGGACGAGAACUGGUUCUGAUGUCAGAGUUGAAUGGCCGUCAAAAACGGUGUCUCACAAUGGAUCACCACCACGUUUCAGUUGUCAGUAUACUUCAGUCCUGGAAUUUGUCCGCGCACUUUUUUUCUUCAAUAUAUAAAAAUCCUUUUGCUUUUCUUCACUUCACUUCCAAACCUGUAAUUUACUUUGAGCUGAUAAUUUUCUACUUAACACACUGAAAUGCAAAAAUCUAAGCUUCCAAUAAGUCCAAUUUGAUUUGAAAGGGUCUGAAGCAAUGAGUGCUUCCUUCAGGCUUGUCAGAUUUUCCCCAAUAGUCCCAAUGGGAUCUCUGAGGAAGACGUGUCUCGUCUUCUUUCUGCCUUCAUGCACUUCAAGUGUUUUAGCUUGUGGCAAAUAUGUGUUUAUUUUUUACUGCCAAAGACUUGCAUUGCUACGAACCCCUUUUAUUUGGUUUUGAGCAGUCAGAAGAGGCUUUGCUGUGGACCUGCGUCAUCUUAACAUUGAGGGAAAAGUUGUUUCACGAGAAGCAAAAGACUUAAUGAAUGUAUUCUGAAUCGUCACCGUUGGACUGUUAGCGAUUUGUACGAACUUUGACACGUCCCCUAUUUAUUGUCUUGUAAUUCUGCUUUCAUAGAAACCAAAUGAUGAAAUAAAAGAUCUUAAAAGACUG